UGCGCGAGGGGCCCUAGGUGUCCUGUCAGUGUCUCAGGACGCUGCGCCGAGCCGCGGCGGGGACGACGCCCUGAGAGCCCGGAGCGCGGCCUCGAGAUGGACACAGUGGUCUUUGCGGAUGUGGCUGUGUACUUCACUCGGGAAGAGUGGGCUUUGCUGGAUGGUGCUCAGAGGAAGCUCUACAGAGAAGUGAUGCUAGAGACCUUCAGGAACCUGGCCUCAGUGGUUGUUACAGAUUGUUUCACUCAAGUUAAAACCCGUGCAUCAUGUCCUGGGCAGGAUACUUUGGAGAAUGAAAUAUCCAGUGAAGAGAAAAUACUAAGAUUCACAAGAGAUGACGACUCCUGGUCUGUUUUUAGAGAAAACUGUACAAUUUAUAACAUUGCAGAUCAGCACCAACCUAAAGAGAGGCAUUUGAGAAGUCAUCUUGUGGAGAGUCUCUGUGAAACUAAUGAACAUAAUCAAUGUGGAGGCUCCCUGAACCAGAUCACAGAUCUUCCUGUGAAUGAGAGACAUCCGACUGGAGCUAAAUACUAUGAAUGCACCAAGUGUGGAAAAGUCUUCAAGGAUUGUUCUUUCCUUAUAAAUCAGCAAAGAUCUCCCACUGGACACAAACCUCAUCCAUGUGUGGAAUGUGGACAAGCCUGUGGGUUGGUUUCAUGCCAGAGUACUCAGGUGGAAACUGACCUUGUGGAGAAACCCUAUAAAUGUCAGGAUACUGGGAGAGCAUCUAAGAAAUACGUGAAGAGUCUCAGUAAUAAAGGCUCUAUUGAGUGUAAGAAAUGUGGAAAAACUUUCACUUGUUACUCAGCCUUUCGGGGACAUGUGAGAGGUCAGUGUGGACAGAAAAUCCAUGUGUGCAAAGUAUGUGGGAAAGGCUUUAUGUAUUACUUUUACCUUACGGGACAUGUAAGAACUCACACUGGAGAGAAAUCCUAUGAGUGUAAGGCAUGUGGGAAAGCUUUCAGUAGUCUGAAAUACUUUAGAAGACAUGUGAGAACACACAGUGGAGCGAAACCCUAUGUAUGUAAGGAGUGUGGGAAAGUCUACAGGUAUCUCACAAAUCUGCAAGAACAUGCAAGAACGCACAGUGGGGAGAGACCCUAUGUAUGUCAGCACUGUGGGAAAACCUUCAGUCGUCACUCCUCCCUUCGAGGGCAUGUGAGAACUCACAGUGGAGUGAAACCCUAUGAAUGUCAGCAAUGUGGAAAAGCUUUCAGGUUUCCUGCAAACCUGCAAGUACAUGUGAGGACACAUACUGGGGAGAGACCCUGUGAAUGUCAGCACUGUGGGAAAGCAUUUAGGUAUGCUGCCUCCCUGCGAGUUCAUGUGAGGACACACACUGGGGAGAGACCCUAUGAAUGUCAGCAGUGUGGCAAAGCCUUCACUAGUCACUCUUACCUUCAGAAACAUGUGAGAACACACAGUGGGGAGAAAUCCUAUGAAUGUAAGGAGUGUGGGAAAGCUUUUAGGCAGCUUCAACAUUUUCAAGGUCAUAUGAGAAUACAUAGUGGAGUGAAACCCUAUGAAUGUAAAGAAUGUGGGAAAUCCUACAGUUUUCUCUCAUCCCUUCGAAUACAUGUGAGAAUGCACAGUGGGGAGAGGCCCUUCGAAUGUCAGCAAUGUGGGAAAGCCUUCAGUCGUCUCUGCUCCCUUCAAGGACAUAUGAGAUCACACACUGGGGUGAAACCCUAUGAAUGUAAGGAGUGUGGGAAAACCUUCAGGUAUCCUGACAACCUGCGAGUACACGUGAGGACACAUACUGGGGAGAAACCUGAUGAAUGUCAGUACUGUGGGAAAGCUUUCAGGUACCCCACAUCCCUGCGAAAACAUGUGAGAACACACAGUGAAAAGAAUACCUGAAUGUCGGCAAUGUGGGAAAGCCUUCAUGCAUCUUGAAUAUCUGUCGGCACAUGUGAAGGCACAUGAUGGACAGAAACUGAAUACGAGGACUGUGGGAUGCUUUCAUUUUUCUUUAAAAUUUUGUUGUAAAUGUGAGCGAACACACUGGAAAGAAACUAUGGAUGGAAAGAAUGUGGAAAAACCUUCAGAUGUAGCACUUCACUUAUUUUGUACAUGAAAAUUCAGAGCAGGAUUGAAAUCUUUUACUUAUAAAUAUGGUAUUGCCUUUGUAAAUGGCUCAUUAUUAAUAAUGAUUUUCAGUGUAUUAAUUUCUGGCUCAUGUUGCUGAUAUGAAAGCUUGAGGUAAGAAAUAUUUCUUUAUGUCCCUUCAUCUGUACUACACAUAUUUUAUUAUCUUGGGUUUUAAAUGAUUGUAUAGUUGUAUAAAACUUGUUCAUUUCCAUUACAGUUACUUUUGGACAUAGGGGUAUUAAGUGUUAUUUUUCCCCUCAUAAUUUAGUGAUUUUUAUUGUGUCAAAUUUACAGUUGGGGAAACUGAGGCUCAGAGAGCCAACGUGACUUGCUGAAUAUCAUAUAACAGUUAAGAGUUGCUAGGGCUUCUCUUUUUUUAAUGGCUAAACUUUGUUUAUAUUUGUAAAUUCUGAGUGGUAAAUAUAUUAUUCCUUUCAUAUUUUGCUUUAAAAAAUUAAAAUUAGUU